AUGGUGAACACGCGAACGGCAGCUCCCACCUGCUCCUUUUCCUCUCACGAGCAAAUUCCUGCUGCUGCCUCCUCCGUUUCCGAGUGCAGCUGGGAUGUUGGAGAGGCUAACGGCACACGGCCGCAGCAGCCUUUACAGAGCGCUGUGGGUCGGAAGGGACCUUGCAAAGGUCACCUGCAGUGUACAGGGACAGUUCACGUCCUGACAGGUGAAACAAUGCACCGAGGACAGCCCGUAGCAGCGGCAGUUUUUGUGUGUGCUCGGAAAAAGGAGAGGUCUUCGCAGUCUCACUGGUUGACAGCAGAGGAGAGGAGCCAAAUUCUGUCUGACCUGAAGGCCUCAGGCUGGUCUGAGCUAGGUGAGAGAGAUGCCAUCUACAAAGAGUUCCACUUCAAAUCUUUUAACCAGGCCUUUGGAUUUAUGACCCGCGUUGCUCUGCAAGCAGAGAAGAUGAAUCACCACCCAGAGUGGUCCAAUGUCUACAGCAAGGUACAGAUCACUCUGACGUCCCACGACUGCGGCGGCCUGACCCGGAGAGACGUGAAGCUGGCUCAGUUCAUCGACAGAGCUGCAGCCUCGCUCUAG